AUGAGAUCAGGAGCACAGAUUGAUGUGGUUUCUAGUAAACAUGGGACAGCACUGCAUGCUGCUGCAUCUGGGGGCCACACAGAUGUUGUUCAGAUUCUGGUCAGGGCAGGGGCACAGAUUGACUUGGUUGCUGGUCAUCAUGGGACAGCGCUCCAAGCUGCUGCAUAUAGGGGCCACACAGAGAUUGUUCAGAUUCUGGUCAGGGCAGGGGCACAGAUUGACUUGAUUGCUAGUCAUCAUGGGACAGCUCUCCAGGCUGCUGCAUCUUGGGGCCACACAGAAACUGUUCAGAUGUUGAUUAGUGCAGGAGCACAUAUUGACAUGGUUUCUGGUAAACAUGGGACAGCGGUGCAUGCUGCUGCAUCUGAGGGCCACAUAGACAUCAUUCAGAUUCUGAUCAGUGCAGGUGCACAGAUUGACUUAGUUUCUGGUGAAAAUGGGACAGCUCUCCAUGCUGCUGCAUCUGGGGGCCACAUAGAAACUGUUCGGAUUCUAAUCAGUGCAGGUGCACAGAUUGACUUGGUUGCUGGUAUAUUUGGGACAGCUCUCCAUGCUGCUGCAUCUGGGGGCGACAUAGAAACUGUUCAGAUUCUAAUCAGUGCAGGUGCACAGAUUGACUUGGUUGCUGGUAUAUUUGGGACAGCGCUGCAUGCUGCUGCAUCUGAGGGCCAUAUAGACAUCAUUCAGAUUCUGAUCAGUGCAGGGGCACAGAUUGACUUAGUUUCUGGUGAAAAUGGGACAGCUCUCUAUGCUGCUGCAUCUGGGGGCCACAUAGAAACUGUUCAGAUUCUAAUCAGUGCAGGGGCACAGAUUGACAUGGUUUCUGGUAAACAUGGGACAGCACUGCAUGCUGCUGCAUCUGAGGGCCAUACAGACAUUGUUCAGAUUCUGGUCAGGGCAGGGGCACAGAUUGACUUGAUUGCUAGUCAUCAUGGGACAGCUCUCCAAGCUGCUGCAUAUAGGGGCCACACAGAUGUCGUUCAGAUUUUGAUCAGCGCAGGGGCACAGAUUGACUUAGUUUCUAGUGAACAUAGCACAGCUCUCCAUGCUGCUGCAUCUUGGGGCCACAUAGAAACCAUUCAGAUGUUAAUCAGUGCAGGGGCACAGAUUGACGUGGCUUCUGGUAAACAUGGGACAGCGCUGCAUGCUGCUGCAUCUGAGGGCCAUAUAGACAUUGUUCAGAUGCUGAUCAGUGCACAGGCACAGAUUGACUUAAUUUCCAGUGAAAAUGGGACAGCCCUUCAGGUUGCUGCAUAUAUGGGCCACACAGACACUGUUCAGAUGUUGAUCAGUGCAGGGGCACAAAUUAACUUGGUUGCUGGUUAUUAUGGGACAGCUCUCCAUGCUGCUGCAUCUGGGGGCCACACAGACAUUGUUCAGAUUCUGGUCAAUGCCGGGGCACAGAUUGACUUGGUUGCUGGUGAUUAUGGGACAGUUCUUCAUGUUGCAGCAUCUAUGGGCAAUACAGACAUGGUUCACAUUCUGAUCAGUGCAGGAUCACAGAUUGACUUGGUUGCUGGUUUGUUUGGGACAGCUCUCCACGCUGCCCUAUGGUAUGGCCACACAGAAACUGUUCAGAUUCUGCUCACAGCAGGGGCCCAGAGUUCAGUGCAUAACCCUAAUUGA